AACCAACGCUAGCAUCUUUCAUUCCCUGCACUCUGGAUAACCAUCUCUUGAUUUUUGCUGGAAGGGAGGGGAGAGAGAAGAGGGGACGCCUAUCCCGCCGCCUCCCCGCCUCUCUUGCUGCUCCAUUCAUCCUGAGCUGGUGGGAUGCAUUUUCCUUGAGUACCUUUUUCCAGAUUGUUGUUGUUAGUAUUCCCAUCUUUAUUAUUUUUUUACAACAACAACAGAGACCAGCCGGGGAUUCUCUUCUGAGCAAUCUGGAGAGGCUACCUAAAAGAUUCUCUGGCUGAGGUUCUCCAUCAGGUUGGAUUGGAAAACAAGGGAGAUCUUGGUCCCCCGCUCAAAAAAACCCUCUGACACUCCUCCGUCUCUCUCCUGUGGCUUCUCUUCUUCCCACGAAAAGGCCAGUUGUGUGCGGAAGGCAUGGCAUGAACUAGCACUACUCUCCUGGAGAGUGAUCUUGGAAGAUGUCGAACCAGAGCAACGGUGACACGAAACCCCCAUGUUUACCCCGGAACGGACUCGUGAAGAUCCCCACCCAGGCCAAUGGGCUUGGCUCUGCCAGCAUCACCAAAGGGACCCCAGCGAUGAAAAACCGCUUGUGCCAGCCUUCAUCUGUGCCUACUCUCAUCAGUCCGGCCUUAACAAAUCACAGCGACCUGCCCAUUCCCAGCCUGGCAUCGCCCUUGUCCUUGGCAGCUCUGGCUGGGGUGCCGUCUCCUUCUGGAGCUCCCGUGGUGGGACUGAAUGCCAGUGAGAUUUCCCCGGACAACGGGGAGGCCUCCUCCCUAGAAGGCCUCUCUGGUUCCCCCACCGAAAGGCAACUGGCCGUAGACGAGAAAAUCCUCAACCGCUUGUUUAUGUACUUUUCUGCCUGCGAGAAAUGUGUCCUGGCCCAGGUGUGUAAAGCCUGGAGGAGGGUCUUGUACCAGCCCAAGUUCUGGGUGGGCCUGACACCGGUGCUACACACCAAAGAGCUCUACAACAUCCUGCCCAGCGGGGACAAGGAGUUUGUCAACCUCCAGGGUUUCGCCAUCAGAGGCUUUGACGGCUUCUGCCUGGUCGGGGUCUCUGACCUGGACAUUUGCGAGUUCAUCGAUAACUAUCCCCUCUCCAAGAAAGGGGUGAAGUCUAUGAGCCUGAAGAGAUCAACCAUCACGGACGCCGGCCUUGAGGUCAUGCUGGAACAGAUGCAGGGGGUCUUGCGGCUGGAACUGUCCGGGUGCAAUGAUUUCACUGAGGCGGGCCUCUGGUCGAGCCUGAAUGCCCGCAUCACUUCCCUGAGCGUCAGCGACUGCAUCAACGUGGCCGACGAUGCCAUCGCUGCCAUCUCCCAGCUGCUGCCCAACCUGACGGAACUGAAUCUCCAAGCCUACCAUGUGACGGACACGGCCCUGGCCUACUUCACUGCCAAGCAGGGCUACACAACCCACACCCUCCGCCUGAACUCCUGCUGGGAAAUCACCAACCACGGGGUGGUCAACAUGGUGCACAGCCUCCCCAACCUGAGUGUCCUCAGCCUGUCCGGCUGCUCCAAGGUGACGGACGAUGGUGUGGAGUUGGUGGCGGAGAACCUCCGCAAACUCCGGAGCCUGGAUCUCUCGUGGUGCCCUCGGGUCACGGACAUGGCCUUGGAGUACAUUGCCUGCGACCUGCACAAACUGGAGGAGCUGGUGCUUGAUAGGUGUGUACGGAUCACAGAUACUGGACUCAGCUACUUGUCCACUAUGUCAUCUCUUAGGAACUUAUACCUCCGUUGGUGCUGCCAGGUUCAAGAUUUUGGCCUGAAGCAUCUGCUGGGAAUGAGGAGUUUACGCCUCUUGUCUGUUGCUGGCUGUCCUCUGCUGACCACCACUGGGCUCUCGGGCCUCGUCCAACUUCAAGACUUAGAAGAGCUGGAGUUGACAAAUUGCCCUGGAGCAACUCCAGAGCUUUUCAAGUAUUUUUCCCAGCACUUGCCCCGUUGCAUGGUGAUCGAGUAAGCAGCUCCCUGAAAGAAUCCGACCAACGUCUGGAGCCAGGUCCUCCAAUCCCAACCCAGCACUGGCCAACCAAUCAGAGUCAUGGUUUUAUUUAUUCAUUUAGUAUAAAUAUACAUAUAUAUAUAACUAUAUAUUUUUUUUUCUUUUCCGGGAGAGAUGCUGUGACUUAUAGACCGCACACAUGUAAACACACGGAGAAAGAGAUCAAGACGAUAUGAGACAAAUCACGAAUGAAGAAUUAGAUCAUGUGAACGGUGACACACUUUGCACAUGCGUCUACAUCCCAUAAGCCAUGGCAAUGGCAACUUGGAAGAAUCCCUCCUCAAGUUUGUAAAAUGCCCCAUACCUCUAUCAUCUCCCGUCUUCCUUGUAGUGA